AUGCCUCGCGCCAUCAUCUCCCCCUCCGUUCUCGCCUCAGACUUCGGCCAACUUACCGCGGAGUGUAAGCGCAUGAUUAAGGGUGGCGCAGAAUGGCUGCAUAUGGAUGUAAUGGAUGGCCAUUUCGUGCCAAAUAUCACAAUGGGCGCACCCAUCCUCACAUGUGUGCACAAGGGGGUACCAGACAUCUUUAUGGAUUGCCAUAUGAUGGUUUCUCAUCCCGAGAAGUGGGUAGAUGACAUCGCGGACGCUGGCGGCGCAAUGUACUGCUUCCACCUUGAGGCAACAGAGAACCCAUUGUCACUGAUAGAGAAGAUCCAUGAACGAAAUAUGAAGGCUGGUGUGGCUAUCUCCCCCGACACGCCUUCAACCGCCAUCUCAGACGAAGUAGCCAAUGCUGCGGACAUGCUGCUGGUCAUGACGGUAUAUCCAGGACGGGGCGGACAGAAGUUCAUCGAAAGAUGCGUCCCAAAAGUAGCUGAGCUACGAGCCCGAUUCCCGGAGAAGGAUAUCGAAGUCGAUGGUGGUGUUGGUCCCAAGACAAUAGGCGUGUGCGCAGAUGCAGGCAGCAACGUGAUCGUCGCCGGAACAGCGAUCUUCGGAGCGGAGGAUCCCACCGUGGUCAUCCAACAGCUCAAAGACACGGUGAAUACGGCGCAGGCUACGAAAUUCGCCAAGUAG